GUUAUUUUUAAAUAUUGGUUUGCAGAAUAUUGAGCGUAUAAAACCGGAAAUUCCACACGUGUGUUUAACGCCUACUACCGCGUGAAAGGGACGUGAAAGGGACGAAUCUCCGGGAAAUAGAUUUUUCUCAUGAAUGGUAUAAUAGAUCUUUCCUGGAAGCCAUGGGACUUUAUCUGUGUUGGAGGCUUGGUUGCUGGGUGACUGAACCACACGCCCGUUCUGACUACUAGCGAAGCUUGCAAGCAUUUCCUCCUAGAAUCAGUUUGACCCUCUCAAGAUGGCGCCAAAGCCUCCACUACAGGCAUCACGUUCACCGUACGACUUCCUCUAUGGCUUCCACUUCCGGUCUAAAGACCCCACUUCUGUCCAAAGUUGUGGCGGAAAACAUGCCAUAUUAAUUUGUCUUUUCUCUACUAGAAACUUUAUAGGUAUAUACAAAUAAUGUGAACUACAUGCGUUUUGAAAAUUUCCCGUCAUACCAGGUGCUCAGUUUCCCUUUUUUUUGGCAAGAGAGUGUAGAUUUUGAUCAGGCGAACGCCGCAGCUACCCUCAACUUCUGCCGGUCUUUGGUGACCGAGGGAAGACCCGGGAGUCACUGGAAGCGCAAGAUGGCGACGGCGGCCGCAACCACCGCUUCAGAAUCCGAGGCCGAGCCCAAGGCUGAGCCCAGGGCUGAAGGCGAGGAGGAGGAGGAAGAGGUGAAGGCAGCUAAGACGAGGAGGAAGGCGUUGUCGCGGGCCGUGGCCACCGCGGCGUUCAAGACCAUAGGGCCAGAGUGGGAUCAGCAGGAGGAAGGCGUGAGCGAGAGCGAUGGGGAUGAGGAGUACGCCAUGGCUUCUUCCGCGGAGAGCUCCCCCGGCGAGUACGAGUGGGAGUACGACGAAGAGGAGGAGAAGAACCAGCUGGAGAUCGAGCGGCUGGAGGAGCAGCUGUCCAUCAACGUCUUCGACUACAACUGCCACGUGGACCUGAUUAGGCUGCUCCGGUUGGAAGGGGAGCUCACCAAAGUGAGGAUGGCCCGCCAGAAGAUGAGCGAACUCUUCCCCUUGACUGAAGAGCUCUGGCUGGAGUGGCUGCACGACGAGAUCAGCAUGGCCCUGGACGGCCUGGACCGAGAGCAUGUGUACGAGCUCUUCGAGAAAGCUGUGAAGGAUUACAUUUGUCCUAACAUUUGGCUGGAGUAUGGCCAGUACUCGGUCGGUGGGAUUGGUCAGAAAGGUGGCCUGGAGAAAGUGCGCUCUGUAUUUGAAAGGGCUCUCUCGUCCGUCGGUUUACACAUGACCAAAGGACUUGCCAUCUGGGAGGCCUACCGGGAGUUUGAAAGUGCCAUUGUAGAAGCUGCGCGGCCCAUAGCUGGCUUCCUUUCCCCUUUUGACCGGGAACAAACCUUUGAUUCACAGCUUGAGAAAGUCCACAGUCUCUUCCGGCGACAGCUGGCGAUCCCCCUUUACGAUAUGGAGGCCACAUUUGCAGAGUACGAGGAGUGGUCCGAGGAGCCCAUACCAGAGUCGGUAAUUCAGAGCUAUAACAAAGCACUACAGCAGCUGGAGAAAUACAAGCCCUACGAGGAGGCACUGUUGCAAGCAGAGGCACCGCGGCUGGCAGAGUAUCAAGCAUAUAUCGAUUUCGAGAUGAAAAUUGGGGAUCCUGCUCGCAUUCAGCUGAUCUUUGAGCGCGCCCUGGUUGAGAACUGCCUUGUCCCCGACUUAUGGAUCCGUUACAGUCAGUACCUAGAUCGGCAGCUGAAAGUGAAGGAUCUGGUUCUGUCUGUGCAUAACCGUGCUGUUAGGAACUGCCCCUGGACAGUCGCCCUGUGGAGUCGGUACCUCUUGGCCAUGGAGAGACAUGGAGUUGAUCAUCAAGUGAUUUCUGAAACCUUUGAGAAAGCUUUGAAUGCCGGCUUCAUCCAGGCCACGGACUAUGUGGAGAUUUGGCAGGCGUACCUUGAUUACCUGAGGAGAAGGGUUGAUUUCAAACAAGACUCCAGUAAAGAGCUGGAAGAGUUGAGGUCCACAUUCACACGUGCUUUGGAGUAUCUGAAACAGGAGGUAGAAGAGCGUUUCAGUGAGAGCGGAGAUCCAAGCUGCAUGAUCAUGCAGAACUGGGCUAGGAUUGAGGCUCGACUGUGCAAUAACAUGCAGAAAGCUCGGGAGCUCUGGGACAGCAUCAUGACCAAAGGAAACGCCAAGUAUGCCAACAUGUGGCUUGAAUAUUACAACCUGGAAAGGGCGCACGGUGACACGCAGCACUGCCGCAAGGCCCUGCACCGGGCCGUCCAGUGCACCAGCGACUACCCGGAGCACGUCUGUGAAGUCCUGCUCACCAUGGAGAGGACGGAAGGUACUUUAGAAGAUUGGGAUAUUGCCGUUCAGAAAACAGAAACUCGACUAGCUCGUGUUAAUGAGCAGAGAAUGAAGGCUGCAGAGAAGGAAGCAGCCCUUGCCCAGCAAGAAGAAGAAAAGGCUGAACAACGGAAGAAGGCCCGGGCUGAGAAGAAAGCGACCAAAAAGAAGAAAAAGACCAGAGGCAUAGACAAACGCAAAGCGGAUGAGGACGAGGAGAAGGAGUGGGGUGAUGAUGAAGAAGAGCCACCCUCUAAACGCAGGAGAGUGGGGAACAAUGUCCCCCUGGCUGGAGAAGCAGGAGAUGGAGAUGCAGACCUGGGGCUCACGGGGAAGUGUGUGGCUGUAGACGUCGAUCCCCCUUCUAAGCAGAAGGAGAAGGCGGCCUCCCUAAAGAGAGAUGUGCCCAAGGUGCCUCACGACAGCAGCAAGGACAGCAUCACCGUCUUCGUGAGCAACCUGCCCUACAGCAUGGCGGAACCGGACGCCACUCUCAGGCCGCUCUUUGAGGCCUGUGGGGAAGUGGUGGAGAUCCGCCCCAUCUUCAGCAACCGGGGCGAUUUCCGUGGCUACUGCUAUGUGGAGUUUAAAGAAGAGAAAGCAGCCCUUCAGGCACUGGAGUUGGAUAGGAAGAAUGUGGAAGGGAGGCCAAUGUUUGUUUCGCCCUGCGUGGAUAAGAGCAAAAACCCCGAUUUUAAGGUGUUCAGGUACAGCACUGCCCUGGAGAAACAUAAGCUGUUCAUCUCGGGGCUGCCUUUCUCCUGCACCAGAGAGGAGCUGGAAGAGAUCUGCAAGGCUCACGGUACUGUGAAAGACCUCAGGCUGGUCACCAACCGGGCUGGCAAACCCAAGGGGUUGGCCUAUGUGGAGUACGAAAAUGAAUCCCAGGCGUCGCAGGCUGUCAUGAAGAUGGAUGGCAUGACUAUCAAAGAGAACGUCAUCAAAGUAGCAAUCAGCAAUCCCCCUCAGAGGAAAGUUCCAGAGAAGCCGGAGGCGAGGAAAGCACCAGGGGGCCCUAUGGUGCCACGGCAGAUAUAUGGCGCGCGGGGCAAGGGAAGGACCCAGCUCGCUCUCCUGCCACGGGCCCUGCAGCGUCCAAGUGCCCCAGCUACUCAGGCCGAGAAUGGCCCUGCCUCAGGCCCAGUGGGCCCUACCACCGCAGCCGCUGAGGCGCCCAAGAUGUCUAAUGCCGACUUCGCCAAGCUGCUUCUGAGAAAGUGAACAGGACUCCGAGAGAUGGGAAAUGCCCUACUUCUUGCUGGCCAGGCAGACCGCCCACCACCCAGCGGGACACUGGGUGUCAAGGGCCGGUGCGGUGCCCAUUCCUACACAGACUUAGCUCUGGCUCAGGUGGAGGGUAAAGGGUGUUUCAGGUCAGGAGGCUCAAGUGCUCCCUCAUAUUGAGGGCAAUAUGACAAAAAUGAUCACUCUACAUGCUGGGCCCAGGGUGCAGGGUCCCAAGAUGCUUUUGUGUCAUAAAGAGUGAGGGACAGAAGUGAAACCACAACAGUUUUUGAGAUCCACUUGUCUUUGGCCAGCUCUGGGCCCUUUUUAUAAUAUGACACUUCUCUUACACCCUGCACAGCACAUGUGCCCAUCACUCUUUUAAUUUUUAAAAGAUGAAAUGGCAGAUGCUAGUAAUUCACCAGAAUGGCCUAUUUUAGUAAAAGGGGGGGAUAGGGGAAGUCACAUAAAAAAAUUUGAUGGAUUUUUGUUCAAGGGGCUCUGCGUUUUUAUAUUAUGUAUUUGUAAAUGACACUUCAAGCUGUUGUUAUAUGUUUCCUAAAAGCAAAAUAUUUGCAGCAUUUGUUCUGUAUGAGAAUCCUGUGUGCCACCUGCUGUGAGCCAUUUUCUUUGCCCAGCGAUGAGUGAACUGUGUUCUUUGUCUAAACACUGCGUUUCAUUCCUUUGGUUUUGUUUAAAUACUGCUUCAAGUGCAAACUUAAAUUCUCCCCAUUUAGCUUUGUUUAUUAAACCGAAGUUUUCUUAACUU